AUGCCAGCAGAGCCCAUUUCCGUAGUGCCCGGCCACUCCGUAGGCUCCAUGAGCCUCGGAGCAUCUCUGCAUAGCAUUCUCACCGCUGUCAAAGAAGACAAGACGCGCUACCCGAAGAUCGACCUUUCCAUCUCACAAUCGAGCCCGCUCAAGACGCCCAUCGUGCUGAGCUUACCGGAGAAUGGUCUGCGCUUGCGCUUUGAUGGAAGUGAUCAGCGACUGCGCUUGAUCGAGGUCUUGGACUUUCAAAGAGCUGGCCUAGUGUAUAAGGGUAGUGACUUGACUAAAGAUGGCUUGGCCACCUUCAAACGCAUCUAUCAGCUGUUUGGCGCAUCAUAUCCCGGCGAGUACAUGCCGCCGAGCACUGGCAAGGCGGGAAUAUAUACUCUCUCCUGGCCGGGCAUAGCUUUCAAUUUUCCUCUGCAGCACUCUGCGUAUGCGCCGGAAAAAGACCAUGUGUCGCUGCUCGGCUCUCACGCUGCAUCGCCCGCGACCAACAUGGCCUUGUUUGAGGGCAACACCUGGCCGGACGCACGCCUGACACUUUUCACCAAAGCGCCUACUGCUUUUCGAACAUCGGCAAUCACCUCGCAGCCGCGUGACAACCUACCGCCCGAGAUAGACCAUGUGAGCAUACAUGAUGCUGGAAAAGUUCUUCUCGUGCGCACGCCUCCAGCGCCGCCCGUGCAUAUCGUCCUUGGGCAGACCACUCCACAAGACCUCCUCACGGAGCUAGGUCCACCAGAUACAACUCACAAGCGGGAAAUUCAGAAUGCCAUGGACCAGCCUACGCAUCCACGACCGAGAAGUACUUCAAGGUCAAUAUCGAACGGAAGACAUCACCCAACACCGCCGUCUAGUUACUCAUCAACAGGCACAGAUACCUUUGACACAGAUUUCGAUUCUGGAGACGCCGAAGAUGAUGCUGCUGAGCGAAUGAGUCGAGAAGUAUUCUGGUGCUAUUUCACUCACGGCAUGGACAUUCUCUUGGGCCCACAAAGCGAGCCCACCUCCUUUGCGAAGGAGAGUCUACCCGUCACUCCGCUAUCUGGCAGUCAACACUUGGUCGUUCUGAAGGUCAUAAUUCAUGGCAAUGUCCCUGGGAGCUACGCAUUCAAUCGGCAUCGCCGCUUACGCUGGCAGCUCCAUCUCAGCAACACCACCGCCAGCCCCAGCUCCGAGCACAAUUUUGAUGAAAUCAAGCCUGACCUCAUACAAGCUUUCCAAGUUAUUUGGCCUGGAUCAGAAAUGGGGCGUGGUAAAGUCAUCAACCGUACCUGGGGCGCCAAUCCCAGUGACAGUAGCUUCUUUUUACCGGAUGCGGAGCAGGACCUCGUGGAAGGAGGCGGUAGUGAGCAAUGGCUUGGUAAUACCAAGCUUUAUCAGUUUCCGGGACUCACUUUUGAGGUUUUGGGUAACGGUGCUAUAAGUGCCCUCACAGUGUCGUGA